GUUUUGAUUGACGUUGCUAGUGCAGGUGAUAGGCUUGAUUUCCGAACAGCUACUCCAACCUCCAGCCUUGUAAAUAACUCGCCUUUGAUACCACCAUUUCUCGCUCCUCGACCCCUAUUUUGCGGCACAUACCUUGCAGGUGACUAGCUGCAGCUCCUCCCGGUACUCUUUUUGAGCCAUCCCCCAGAUCUCAAGAUGCAGGCCUUCUCGAGACAGCUUCGCGGUACUGGUGCAGCUUCCCUGCGCCAGCUCUCCCGUCGCACCUACAGCUCGACUUCCUCCCCCUAUUCCAAGACCAUUGACAACUUGCGCAUCAAUGGCGACACCAAGGUCAUCUACCAGGGCUUCACUGGCAAGCAAGGAACGUUCCAUGCGCAACAAGCUAUCGAAUAUGGUACCAAGGUUGUAGGAGGCACGAAUCCCAAGAAGGCUGGUCAGACACAUCUGGGACUUCCUGUCUUUGGCAACGUUGGCGAGGCUGUCAAGGAGACCGGAGCUACUGCUACGGCGAUUUUCGUCCCCCCUCCUUUGGCUGCAGCAGGUAUCGAAGAGGCCGUCGCCGCUGAGAUUCCCCUGGUUGUCUGUAUCACGGAAGGCAUUCCCCAACAUGACAUGGUUCGCAUAACCAGCAUGCUCAAGUCCCAAUCCAAGACCCGUCUCGUCGGCCCCAACUGCCCUGGUAUCAUUGCCCCUGGCCUAUGCAAGAUUGGUAUCAUGCCCGGCUUCAUCCACAAGCGUGGUCGCAUCGGUAUCGUUUCGCGCUCGGGUACCUUGACGUACGAGGCCGUCAACCAGACGACGCUGGAAGGCCUGGGCCAGUCGCUUGUUGUUGGUAUUGGCGGUGACCCCUUCAGCGGCACCAACUUCAUCGACUGCCUCAACGUCUUCCUGAAGGACGAGGAGACAGACGGUAUCAUCAUGAUCGGAGAGAUCGGUGGCUCGGCCGAGGAGGACGCCGCGGAUUUCCUGAAGACAAACAACAUUGGCGGCACGGACGGCAACGGCAAGCCCGUUGUCAGCUUCAUCGCCGGUAUCAGCGCCCCGCCAGGCAGACGCAUGGGACACGCAGGUGCUAUUGUUAGCGGUGGCAAGGGAGGUGCGGAUUCUAAGAUCAAGGCAUUGGAGGCCGCUGGUGUCGUGGUUGAGCUGAGCCCUGCUGGGCUGGGACGGGCAAUGCGCGAACAGUUCGUCAAGCGGGACUUGCUGUAAAGUUUUGCAAUGAACAAAACGGAUAAUGACCUGGUUUGGGACGGCUUGCACACGCGGUGACCAUCUCAAACUAGGUGUGUACGUUGGACACAGGCUUUUGAUCGGACGAAUCUGAUCGACUCAGCAAACUGCAUAAUGAGUGUGGAUACCUGUUUUCCCUUU